AUGAUUGAAGAAAAUGUCACCACAGAUUACAGAGAUAAGAGGGAAAAGAAUUACUCUAUAACCCUAAACUCUAUCACGAAAGCCCAGUAUGAAUGUUAUCUGAAAUUUAUACAACUUCCCAUACGUGAGAAUACAGGUUCUUAUUGCAAUAGAACAUGGGAUGGCUGGUUAUGCUGGGAUGACACUGCUGCAGGAGAAACAGCCACACAGAAUUGUCCAGAUUAUUUUGCAGAUUUUGACACUUCCGAAAAAGCUUCUAGGAUCUGUGAAAAAAAUGGGCAUUGGUUUGUACACCCUGAGAGCAAGAGACAAUGGACAAAUUUCACCCUCUGCUCUAUUUAUUUCUGUGUUUUAUUACAGACAGUUAUGAACUACUAUUACCUUUUUAUCACUGGAAUGAGCCUUUCCACUGUUUCACUGUUGAUUUCUCUUGGCAUAUUCUUCUAUUUUAAGAGCUUGAGUUGCUCAAGAGUUAGUCUGCAUAAGAAUCUCUUCUUUAGUUUUAUUUGCCACUGUGUUGCAUCACUUACUUUACUGGUAGGUGUCCAGAAGCAGCUACUGACUCCUCUGGUAAGUAGGCAUGAUGUUGUAUGUAAAGUGCUUCGCAUCUCCCAACUCUAUUUUUUUCUUUGCAACUUCUUCUGGAUGCUCUGUGAAGGCAUUUACCUCUACAUUGUCACUGUGGUAAAUGUAUUUGCAAAACGACAGGCCUUGCGGUGGUAUUAUUUUCUCGGCUGGGGAUUCCCUUUAAUUCCUGCCUGUACCUAUGCUGUAGCCAGAAGCAUAUAUUUCAAUGAUAUAUGCUGGAUCAGUACUGAUACUCUUUUAAUAUAUAUCACUGAAGGACCUAUCUACAGCGUUCUCUUGGUGAAUCUCUUGAUCUUGAUAAGCAUCAUUCACAUUCUCAUAAAUAAGCUAAGAGUCAGCCAUCUUAGAAAACCCAUUCACUGUAUGAAAGCUGUGAGGGCCACCUUCAUUUUAGCACCACUCCUCGGCAUCCAAUGCAUGCUUCUUCUUUGGGAACCAACAAGCAGAACUAGCAAGAAGAUUUAUAACUAUAUGGCCCAUACCAUUAUGCCUUUUCAGGGCUUGUUGUUGUCAAUACUGCUGUGCUUUUUUGACAAAAAGCCUUGA